AAAGAGCAUUGUUGCUUUCGAAACAGGAAUUGAAUUGUUUCGUCUCCAGUGUUACAUAAAUAAACAAGUAUUAGUGACGAAAAUGGCAGGAUUUGUGUUGGAGAAAAUGUUUCUGCUUGCAAGACGAAUUAUUCAUGGCUUCAAAUCUAUUUUUUGGCAACUACCAAGCGGAAUGAUCGCGGACAGCAGUGAUGGAUACAAAUCCGAAGAAUGGUCGCUGCCAGUCGUAAUUUGUGUGGAAGAGCUACAGUCUGGGAAGGAAAACGGGACAUCAAUUUCUAAUAUUGCUGCUGAAGGUGCAUCAAUAAUGGAGGAGGGUCAAUUUUAUACCUAUGUAUGCAGGGAUUCACAAUCCUUCACCACGUCGGAUCUUUGCCACACACCAGGAUACCAGGUGAUGAAAACACAAGGACAAGGACAUCAUGUACUACGACCUGAGUUUGCACCAGCAAUAGUCAGUGUACACAACCCUCAAGUUUUGCAAUCGAGACAAUGCGCAUAUUAGGAGUGGAGCAGAGAUGUACUGCCUUGGCUUCAGUAUCAGUUACAAAAUCUAUUCUGAAACACGUGGAGAAGAUGUGGAGAAUCGUGUUUCCAGAGCAUCCAAUGCAAGUGAAGAACUCAGAAAAGGAAAGUGUAGCACAGAAGAUUCAUAAUAAAUUCAAACUACUACUACUAUUACUACUACUACUAUGGCGUAACAGCCCAAAAUCGAGCCCUAGCCUCCUCAAUAAAUUCAAACUAGCACUGGCCAAAGUAGCCAAGUCCAAAAUUACGGUUUGCAGAGCAUUGAACCAUAAUUUAUUUUGCAAAACACAAGGGAAUUACGCUUUGAUCUUCUUACCGUGUUGGUCGGCAAAUUAAUAGCUCUUGACAAACAUAUAAAUGAUUCCAUGACCAAAGCCCACAUGAAAAUUCCGCAAAGAAAGAAUCCCACAGUCAUAAAUGCUCACAUGAAAAACGCUCACACUGAAAAAUGCUCACACGGAUAAAUCCUUACAAGGAUAAAUGCUCACACGAACGAAUUCUCACACAGAAAAAUGCGCACAUAGAAAAUAUCUCACAUUCACCUAUCCUUGGUCCACGUUGGCCAAAUUUGAAUUUGUAAACUACAAAUAAUGUGAGAAUUAUUCUAUGUUCGUAUUUUUCUGUUUGAGCAUUCGUCCGUGUGAGCAUUUAUCCGUGUAAGCAUUUUUCCGUGUGGGCAAUUAUCCGUGUGGGUAUUUCUCAUGUGAGCAUUUAUGACAGUGUGUUCCUUUCUGUGCGGAAUUUUCGUGUGGGCUUUCUUCACGUGCGCAUUUAUCUUUUCACCCACAGAAAUAUGUUACUUCUUCUGGUGAUGUGUACAGAAAUGUAAAGUGACUUAUUUAAAAUACUUUGACUUGUACUGCAAUAAAGCAUAGGUAACAUAAGUAACAUUUUUCCAUUGAUGUCAUUUUCAGGAGCAAGAACAAGCAGAAUGUUUUGAUUUUGCUACAGACCAAUGUUUCACAGACUUGUUUGUUCACAGAAUAUCAAACCACAACUAACAUUGCAGAUAUAAAAUGAACAUGGAUAAAGGCAAGGGGAAGAAAACAACUUUCUGUAGCAUACUUAGAAAUUCUGAAAAGAAACGUUAAACAUUUAUUACUGCAAACUUUUCCACUAUUAACAAUAAACGUAAUGUAAGAUA